AUGAAGACCGAUAGUGUAGUGAGGUUUUUGAGCCUGGACAUGUUGGACUCGGAUAAGCCGCUCAUCCGUGAAUAUUUUCGUCACGCACACCACGUUGCCAUACAGAAGUUAUUGAAGCAUCGUGCGUUGAGCCGCACUCUUUUUGAAAUCCCGUCGCUCUCGUCUCAGUCCGGUAUCUCAGAAUCUAAUUUCACAGCCGAGCGUGAUGAACUGAGUGCCGACAACAACGCCGCAUUCCCCGCCUCGGAUGCGCCUGCCCGUCUGAAGUUGUUUGUUCUUUCCCCAUCCGUUUCAGAGCCGCAGCGGUACUGCCAGAAAGGCGUCCUGAGUGAAACGGAGUCCCUUCAAGCAAAACAUGCCCUGGAGUACGAGUUUCUUAUCCCCGCCAUCAGCUACGCUGUCGAGAGCGUCAUUGAGGCACAUAAAAUGUGGAAGCAGCGGUUGGAUAAGCAGAAAGAGGACCAUCAGAAGAACUCGGAAGCGGAAGGGGAAACAACUGCCCCGUCAAUUGAAUCUGCCGCUGCCGUCGCCCCAAAUGGACAUACGAACGGUCUUGGAGAAGUUCUUGACGCGGAGGUUACACGGGAGUCCUUCAAUGUCUUCGACACGAGCACAGCGCCGAGCAUCUCCUUUUCGGGAUACGUCAAUCGCAUUGUAGAAUACACAUAUGUGUCCCCGUCUGUACUCUUGAUUGCCUGCCUUUAUAUUGAUCGGCUCCUCUCCCGUAAACCAUCUCUCUUCCUUACGAAACUCAACAUCUUCAAGCUAUUUGCCUCUGCAACGCGCGUUGCCAGUAAAGUCAUGGACACACGGACACUUAGCAACAAGAACUUUGCCAGCAUCUGCGGAGUCAGAAACUCGGAAAUGAAUUGUCUUGAGGCACAUUUUAUUCGGUUUCUUGAGCUGGACCUCUACGUGCAGGCCGAAGAGUUCUACCGGUACGUGGAUGACCUCGUCACGACGCCCCGUUCCAGAAGACCUUCAACCAAAUCGGAAGUUCUGAGUGCUGGUGAAUUUGAUGAGGAGGAUGCGUUGAUGUUGCCAGUUUUACGACGGCUGAGCAUGGCUAGUGGAAACAGCAGCGGUGGGAGCAGAAUGAGCCGUGGGGGAGAAGAGAAGAAAAGCGAUUUAUUUCCGCCCUUCCUCCCAUCACGCGUCAGUAUUGCAUCGGCGAACAGUCAGGCUUUCACUCCGCCAAAGGGUUUGACCAGUGCUGCUGUUAAAAGCAAUGAUUAUGCUAGCGAAGUCGGCAAGAAGACAAAGAAGGGCGACAGUGUGGCUGUAGCAGGGAAUGGCGUGGUGCCUGUGAUUAGAGUGGAGAAUGAAGAAAAGUGCUUCUCUGGCCCCUUUUUCUCCCGUUCAACGACAGCCGCUACUAUGUCGAUGCCAGCGCUCCCGCGAAGGGCCUCGCGUCUCCCUGUCUGCAGCAACAAGAGCAUUAGCAACAUCAGCAUCGGUAGCAAUAACAUGAGCGUUAGCAGAUCCUUUGAAACCAGCGCCGCCCGCCAGCACCGUGAAAGAGCGUAA